AAUCGUCUUUUCUUUUAACGCAGACUUGCGGACUAACAUGGGGGGAAGAGAGCGCUCCUGACGAGGAUUGACUUUCAGUGAACCUCUGCUCUGUGGCACAAGUCUGAGGCUAAUAAGACAAGAGAGGAAAAAAGGGCGACAGGGAAGACAUGUUGAGGGGUUUUUCGUCUUGAGGUUGCGGUAGGAUGUUCAUGUUAUGCUCUUACAAACAGGCGGCUCUCGUAGAGAAAUAGAAAGAGGGCAAAUGGAAAUUGGGCGGUAGGCUAUGCUCAGGAGCCAUUGUUUUGAUCGGUGUUUAUUUAAUUGGUUUGUUAUGAUCUGAAAUAGCGAAGGCCUCUCAGGCAGCCCCGCAGUAAAUAAAUACACGGUCAGCAAACAGGGGCUACAUCGCAGGAAAUUAACCCGACAAGCCUGCUUAUAUUUUAGGGGGCAUUUUUUAAAAAUUGGACCGCUGUGUUUUGCAGUAAGUUAAACGCGGUGUUUAUGGGCUAUUUGUCUUUGAAACCAAACGCGGUGUUGCUCAGCAAGAGCCAAAACAUUUCCAGAUACAUCAACUCUUAAGGGGGUCAUACAAAGGCCCAGCAGAAAACACAGUGGAGGCUACUUGGCAGCUUUAAAAGGCUGCUUUAAGUGCAUAGUACAGAGGCUGGGUUUAAGCACAAAGGUGCACAAGAUUAGUCGGGUUUAUCCCCAGUUUAGCUCGAGCGAGGGGAAAAAAGAAGAUUUUUAAAUGUUAAUGUCGACCGACGUUGCAUCAAUCAUGCUGCCAGUGUCCCGGGGUCUCAUGGACCGGGAUAGAGAGCUGGACACCAUGGCCGGGGUGCACACCAACCCGGGCGGCGCUCCUGCAGCUGUCCGGGGCAUGAAGCGAGGAGACCCGGAGCCUGACGGACAGACGGCGGCGGCUCUGGUGGACUCGGCCGGGGCGGAGUGCAAGCGUCCCCGGAUCGACGGCUCAGGAGGAAUCGGCGAGGUUGGUCAGAAUAACGACCCUUUGACCCUUGGUUACCACGGCUACCCGUCUCACAGUCAGGGCUCUCAGGAUAGUGCUGGCGGUCAGGAGGGACUCGUACCCCCACCUUUCUCCGCGUUCCCUCCACCUCCACCGCCGCCCCCCCAAAACGGCCUGGCCCUGGAUUACGGGGGCAGUCUGUACGCAGCGGGGGCUGUCCAGGGCCCCGUGGAAGCUGGCGGAGCAGCGAACAGCGCCGCCAACGCCGCCAACAGCCUCAGUGUCCAAUCCGAUGGGUCCUCCCAGAUUGACGGACAGUCAGGGGUUGGCUCGGGAGGAGGAGGUGGUGGGGGGAGUGUCGGGGAUGACUCAGACGCCAAGGGGACCCCCAAACGCCUCCACGUGUCCAACAUCCCCUUCCGUUUCCGAGACCCAGACCUACGGCAGAUGUUUGGGCAAUUUGGCAAAAUCCUCGAUGUCGAGAUCAUUUUUAAUGAGAGGGGAUCCAAGGGCUUCGGUUUUGUAACGUUCGAGUCGAGUGCAGAUGCAGAGAGGGCCAGAGAGAAGCUUCACGGUACACUGGUGGAAGGACGUAAAAUCGAGGUCAAUAAUGCCACAGCCAGAGUGAUGACGAACAAGAAGAUGACUACACCGUACUCUAACGGAGAGGGCCUCGCUGCUCUUCCAUAUGCUGGAUGGAAAUUGAGUCCCAUGGUUGGCGCAAUGUACAGUCCUGAGCUCUAUACAGUACCAGGGUUUCCAUACCCAGCAGCAGCAGCAGCAGCUGCUUCUACCGCUGCGACGUUUCGGGGCGCUCAUCUCCGGGGUCGUGCGCGGCCCGUCUACAGUGCAGUCAGGGCAGCUGUGCCACAACCUGCCAUCCCUACAUACCCGGGUGUGAUGGCCUAUCAGGAUGGUUUUUACGGUGCAGCCGAUCUCUAUGGUGGCUAUGCAGCGUAUCGUUACGCCCAGCCGGCUGCGGUAGCGACCCCCGCAGCAGCAGCGGCUGCAGCAGCAGCUUACAGUGACAGCUACGGACGAGUUUACACGGCAGACCCCUACCAUGCUGCACUCGCCCCAGCUGCCUAUGGUGUUGGAGCCAUGGCCACGCUGUACAGGGGAGGCUACAGUAGAUUUGCCCCUUACUAAAGACACUACAUUUCCCAGGAGCUCCUCUCUUCCAUUGAAUUACUCUAAAAGAGCUCCCUCUUUUGUCGUGGAGGUGGACUGCACCCAGUUUAAAAGUGUGGAGUCAACCACAACAAAGAAAUUUCUGAUCCCACCCCAGAGCAGUCCCACGUUUUCUUAUAUACGCUACUACAGAAAUAGAGGAAUGCUGUAUUAAAGACUGACUGAUGGCCUUUACAUUAAAAAAGAAGAAAAAAAUAAAGACUUAAAAUGGCCACCUUCCCUAUUGCACGGCUGUA